AUGGAGACUUUGGGGCAGCAAGUAAACAGCAGUGGCCUGGACCAAAUGAACAGGGCAGAUGACGUUUUGAUCAAGGCUUUGGUGCCAAUUCUGGAUGGGAUAAUUUUGGUGACUGGCCUGGUGGGCCAAAUCUUGGUCAUCACCAUCCUAACUGGUAGGAGGAGGAGAGAUGGUCAACCUCCGCAUGGUACAGACACCCUGCUGCUGGCUCUGAGUGCUGCUGAUCUGCUGCUGCUGUUCUGCCUGCCCUUCCACACCUCUGCCAUCACCCUGGGCUUCUGGCCUUUCGGCAGCUUCCUGUGCAAAACCAUCAGCUUCCUGGGUGUGGCAUGUUCAUCUGCAUCAGUCUUUACCCUGGCAGCUUUGGCUGUGACACGCUACCUCACAGUGGUACACCCCACCUGGGCGUACCGUUCAAGAAUGCACCGACGCAUAAAGCUGAUGGUAGCUCUGCUCUGGGUCCCAGCCUCAGCUUUGGCAGCACCGCAGUUUGCCUUCCGCACGGUUACCAUAUCCAACGCUGUGUACUGCUUUGCCUUCCUGUCUGACUUCAGCCAGCUUGUCUACAGCAUCACCCUCUUCUUGUUUGGCUUUGCUCUACCACUGGGCAUCAUUGUAUUAAUGUAUGCCAAGAUUUACUGUUUUCUUCAGCAUGCACGACUGCUUGGGAAUGCCCCUCAGCUGGAGCGCUAUCAGAGCCAGGUCACUCACACUUCAGCUCUCCUGGUCCUGGUCUUCACACUCCUCUGGCUGCCCUCUUAUGCCCUCAUGUUCUCCUUCAUCGGAGGAACCAUUACAUCCUCAACCGGCUAUAAAACUAUUGCCAUCAUGGCCAGACUGUUGGCAUCCUCAGCAGCAGUGGUAAAUCCUGUACUCUAUGGGUUUAUGUCUCAGAAAUUUAGAAGAGAAUUACUGCAACUUGGAAGAGGCCACUGUGCAUGGUGUAGAAGCUGUCUGAUUGAUUGUCCUCAUGUGAUGAGCAGGGACGUGGUUCAGCCCUUUGAGCUGGACACAAGCUCAGAAAGAGGACAAAACUGA